AUUGGCACAGUGGUCAAAAAAUGGAACUAAACGUUUCUGAAUGAAUGGAAAAGGCUUUACAGAGCUAUUAAAGGAUAAAUUAUUAUUUGUAAUAUAUCGUACAAUAUCUGGAUCUAAAGUUGAAUUUUUUUUCCCAUUUCUGGUGUCCCCCGAUAAAAAAUAUCACCACUAAGGCAUCUGGUAAAAACUUUAAAAUAGUUUAACUUUUAAAAACAAGGUUUAGCUGAAAGCAGAUCUCACAGUUUGUGUACUGGAGAGGGGUAAAGCAGUAUCUCAAUCUCUUGCCAGCUCUUUUUUUUUUUUUUUAAAGAGAAAAGUUUUUUAGUUUCCUAGAAGGAGUUAGUUAGACAUAAAUAUCUCAAAACAAUUUUAAAUAAUUAGGUGAACUUCACAGAUUUUUCUUUUUUGUCAAGAAAUUACAUGUUGGAGUAGAGUUUAUAUUUUCUAUUCUAGUACACGAUGACCCUCCAUUGUUAAAAAAAAAAAAAAAAAAGAAGAAAAGCACACACAAAGUAGCAGAGACAUUCAUUUCUCUGAGUCACUAAUAAUUUCUGAAAGAUGAUAAAUUCAAAUCCUGUCUUUUUCCUCAGGGAAAAAUUAAGCGUUCUGUUGGCUCUCCUCUGAAUUAUUUUAAUAAAAAAUAGAAUGCUUUAUUACUAUUUGUGAACAUAGAAAGUAUUUGAUUACACGGGAGGACUACUUUAUAAUUUCACUUCAAGGAUUCAAAUGGGGAAUCCUCAAGAAUUUUAAACUCGAUUUCAACAUAUUGGGGCUUAUUUUGGAUUUCUUGAUUUGUUACGCGGCUUUCAGGUAUAUUUAAAAAUCCAAGAAAUGCAGGAGGUUUUAAAGAAAUAACUAGCUGUGUGAUUUCUGGCUCUGUCCAAAGGUUUGCUCUUACAGAUUUCUUACUAAUGUAGGUUUUCCUCAUCUUAAUUCUAAGCAUAUAUUUAGUGAUCUAAAGUUAUAAAAUCUAAGGCACAAUUUAAAUGAUUAAACACUAAAGGUUCAAAGGGGGGAAAAAAGCUUAAUCAUGCCUUUGUAAUGUGAAUGGUAAAGACACCAAUUAUUGACUAGAUGCAGCCGACUGUAAAUGGACAGCCAUGUUUAAAGAGAAGUUAACUAUAAAGCAGGGAAGCGUCUCUGGUGAGUCAGAGAAUUCGUAACUUGAGGAACUCCUAGUGGAAAUGAAGUGGAAAGACAGUUUCUUUCAUCAAUGAGAAAACGUCUAGAAGAAGAGGGUUAAUAAAACUCACCAGAGAAACUUACUGAUAAUGAUUCGCAAAUUAAAUCAGUUUACGUUAUACAUUACGCCCCUUUGUAUUACGUUAACCAACGAGCAUACUAACCAGCAUGGAAAAUGUCGCUUUAACUUGCCUCAAUUUCGUAAUCGCCCGCCCCCACUUUGUAAAUUAUCUAGACCCCAGCUUCUCGCUUGCUCACAGUCCAUCCCCCAGCCUCACUCUUCCUGGCACUUAGGUGGCGGCUCAACAAACUUAGGUGAACUGAACAGAGCUGACAAGGCAAUCUCAAGUUGCUGUCCUGGGAGUGGUGAGGCAAGGCACAAGAGAAAGGACUUCUAGUUCCUCCCACUGCCAGUGCAGCCCCUAGCAUCACUUUCGGCCCCUUCGUGCCUGGGGCCGUGAUUUGUGGGUGACCAAGUCCCUCGCUAGCCUGCAGUACUUCCGCUGGUGCAGUCAUCUCCUUCCCCUCGCACUAAAACAAUACCCUGGCCUCCUGCCAAACUCUUGAGCAGCAAGCAACUCUGGCUGUUUAUGGCCCGGAUUGGGUGCUGUAAGAGGCUUGGGCCGCUCUAAGUGUUAGCGGAGGCCGGGAGGAAAAGAAGAGGCCCAAGCUUUAAAACACUCCCUUCCUCCGCCCCCUCCCUUUUGUCCCAGACACCAAAACAAACGAGCUGAUACACGUGUCCCUAUGACUCUUGUUUACUAUCAAGACUGCGCUGUGCAAGCGCCUCUGGGAUAUGUAGUCCAGCUCUUCCCUAGCCAGCAGUCUCCCACAGCCAAGGACGAAGGUUUGAGACUACGAACCCACAAUCCAUUUCGGGGACAAAGUUUGGCUCGGGUCCCCGGACUCUAGGCAAUAGUCCAAUCCAAAGCACUUACUCUUGUGAUUGACACGCCGUCUUCUCCAGUAAACACUAAACAAAAGUCAAUACAUGCCCGCUCCCCGAGACGGACCACGGUACGACCCAAUGGAAAAGGGGAAGGACCGAAUGGCAGUUCUGCAGUCCAAUAAGAGGGCGAAAGAGCUGGGCGGGGGCUCAACCCCCAGGGGGUUGAGGGGAGGGGGGAAGACGAAGCUUGAAAGACUUGGUAAUGGCGACGGGUUUGUCAGAGCACCAUAACAUGGUGUGGGAAGUGAAGACAAAUCAGAUGCCUAAUGCAGUACAGAAACUCCUGUUGGUGAUGGACAAGAGAGCCUCAGGAAUGAAUGACUCAUUGGAGUUGCUGCAGUGUAAUGAGAAUUUGCCAUCUUCACCUGGAUAUAACUCCUGUGAUGAACACAUGGAGCUUGAUGACCUUCCUGAACUUCAGGCAGUUCAAAGUGAUCCUACCCAAUCUGGCAUGUACCAGCUGAGUUCAGAUGUUUCACAUCAAGAAUACCCAAGAUCAUCUUGGAACCAAAAUACCUCAGACAUACCAGAAACUACUUACCGUGAAAAUGAGGUGGACUGGCUAACAGAAUUGGCAAAUAUCGCGACCAGUCCACAAAGUCCACUGAUGCAGUGCUCAUUUUACAAUAGAUCAUCUCCUGUACACAUCAUAGCCACUAGCAAAAGUUUACAUUCCUAUGCACGCCCUCCACCAGUGUCCUCUUCUUCGAAGAGUGAACCAGCCUUCCCUCAUCACCAUUGGAAGGAGGAAACACCAGUAAGACAUGAAAGGGCAAAUAGUGAGUCAGAAUCUGGCAUUUUCUGCAUGUCCUCCCUGUCAGAUGAUGAUGAUUUGGGAUGGUGCAAUUCCUGGCCUUCAACUGUCUGGCACUGUUUUUUGAAAGGAACACGACUGUGCUUUCAUAAGGGAAGCAAUAAGGAAUGGCAAGAUGUCGAAGAUUUUGCUAGAGCUGAAGGCUGUGAUAAUGAGGAAGAUCUUCAAAUGGGCAUUCACAAGGGCUAUGGUUCUGAUGGUCUAAAGUUGUUAUCACAUGAAGAAAGUGUAUCAUUUGGCGAGUCUGUACUGAAGUUGACUUUUGAUCCUGGUACAGUAGAAGAUGGUUUACUUACCGUAGAGUGUAAGCUGGACCACCCUUUCUAUGUUAAAAAUAAAGGUUGGUCAUCAUUUUAUCCAAGCUUGACUGUGGUACAGCAUGGCAUUCCAUGUUGUGAAGUUCAUAUUGGCGAUGUAUGUCUACCUCCUGGACACCCCGAUGCCAUUAAUUUUGAUGAUUCAGGUGUUUUUGAUACAUUUAAAAGCUAUGACUUCACACCUAUGGAUUCUUCCGCAGUUUAUGUGUUAAGUAGUAUGGCUCGCCAGCGUCGUGCAUCUUUGUCUUGUGGAGGACCUGGUGGUCAAGACUUUGCAAGAUCUGGAUUCAGUAAAAACUGUGGCUCACCUGGAUCAUCACAGCUCUCUUCCAGUUCUUUGUAUGCUAAAGCUGUCAAAAACCACAGCUCAGGGACUGUGAGUGCCACUUCUCCUAAUAAGUGCAAAAGACCAAUGAAUGCCUUCAUGCUUUUUGCCAAAAAAUACAGAGUUGAAUAUACUCAGAUGUAUCCAGGGAAAGAUAACAGAGCCAUAAGUGUGAUCCUUGGUGACAGGUGGAAGAAAAUGAAGAAUGAAGAGAGAAGAAUGUACACAUUAGAAGCAAAGGCUUUGGCUGAAGAACAGAAACGUUUAAAUCCUGACUGUUGGAAGAGGAAAAGAACCAAUUCAGGCUCACAACAACAUUAAACCAGGAUGCUUAUGUUCUUAAGUCUAUAUUUGCAUAUACAUUGACUCUUGAUGGAAAGACUUAAGAAGAUCAAGGUCUCACCAUUUGUCCUCAAUUCGUGUGACCAUAAGAUACUGAUAGCAUUGAGUCUUGAAAUGAUUUAAUAAUAUGAGUGAGGAUUUGCUUUCUCCAUUAGAGCAUUAAGCUAAAACUAUCAACAUUUUAAACCAAAUUGCCUUAUUUUUCUUCCAAACUUCAUAUAUGUCUAUCAGGUAAUAUAGGCUUGAAAAUUGAUAUCCUGUGGUGCUAAAGUACAGUAGAAAGAGAGGAGAAGUGUAUACAUGUUUUAUUUUAAAUUGUACGAAAGGGGAAUUUAAAAAAUAUGUAACUGCUGUUUAUACAUUGGCUCCUUACUGCUUAUUAAUCUGUAUUGUACACAUGAUGGAAUGAAGCAGAAGCUGGGAGUCGGCCUUUCCUCAAGUAACCACCACAUGGCUCAGCAUCUGUGCCAAACAUAGGCGCUCCUAGUCUGGUCAGUGCCAAGAGGCUACCAGAACAUGUGGCAGGUGGCUGGUGUUGGUGUCCCAGCCUAAGAGCCACCUGCUGCAGUUACCAUGGCAUGCUGAGUUGAUGCACCAGGUGGCAGCAGCCAUCCGUUAUUUCCAAUGGAGACCUAGCCCAGGCCAAGGUAAAGUUAGUUAAUAGCAUUGGGAUAUAGUCACUGUAAUGGUGCUAUUAACAAACAAACAGUCAACACCAUUGUAUUUUUUAACUUCGUGUUCUGUAUCUCCUCAGCCAUGUAUCUUAAAUAUAUUUUGUCAUCAUAAUCUUUAUGGUGGGGGCAGACUUUGCACUUACUGCAGUGCAACACUUGCACUUUAAUUUUCCUCCAACUAUCUAAAAUUAGAGCAAAUACAUUGGCAAUACAGCUGCUUUUGCUCUGAGCUACAAUCAUGGCUUUUCAUGUUACUUACCAAGUGGUGUUUCUGGUUAGGAAUCACAGCUGUAAAAUUGAUUUCAGUUCAUUACACUUCUUCCUGAUGUUGCCCCUAAAUUUUGCACACUAUAUUCUUGUAUAUUAUUUCAAAUAAAUGGAAAAAAAAGUU